CAGACGCACGGAACGCGCAGCGGAGACGCGCUCAUUAAAGCUCUGACAGUCACACAGCUUCAGUCUUUUCUCAUUUCUCCAGGGUUUCUCUUCACAGAAAGUCUCAGUACAUUGAUCUCUGGAUAAAUGGAUGUGUAUGUGAUAGUGCUGUUCUGUCUGUGCGGCGUCCUGCAGGCUCAAGAGACAACAGAUCCGAUCUCACUGGAUGACUGUUGUAAAGAUGGUAAGGACAGAGGCCAGGAGUCUCAGGACUGCACGGGUCUGCCGCUCAUCUCAGAGUCCAUCACCUGCAGGAUAGCUCAGGAGCAAUGUUGUGCUGCAGUUCUUGAGGACAACAGCUGUACCACCGGCAUCAAUAUGGCAAAGGACCAGGGAAGCUGUGACGCCCUUUUAUCCAGCAGUACCUGCGAAACAAAGACGGCUAAGAUGUGUUGUGAAUGUUGUUUACUUGGCCGGGCGGCUCAAGAACGCGGGCUGUCGUGUGAUCUGAAUCUCCCGGUGGGUUAUCAGUGCGGUCAGGUGUCUCGGGCGUGUUGUGUCGACCGCUCACCAACCACUGAUGGAAACUCUACAGAGGAUGGACCUCCACCGAGUCCAGAGGACCAAUGCAAAGCUGCCGGAUGUUCCCAGCGUUGUCUUAACGGUGCGUGCGCCUGUUUCGAGGGAUACAAGUUCAAGGCUGAUGGAAAAACCUGUGAAGACAUCAAUGAAUGUUUGUUAGGCGCUCAUCAUUGUCAAAAUGGAGAGCGCUGUAUCAACACGAUGGGCUCGUAUCGCUGUCAGAGAGAGGCCAGCUGUGGAACGGGUUAUGAACUUACAGACAACAACAAAUGUGAAGACAUUAAUGAAUGUGAGAUUGGUUCUCAUAACUGCGGAGCCGGACUGGAAUGCCAGAAUACGGUCGGAUCUUUCCGGUGCCGACCGCGAGUGCAGUGUGGCGCGGGAUAUAUACAGGACGCCCUGGGGAGCUGCAUCGAUAUAAAUGAGUGUUUGAGCAUAACCGGACCGUGUCAGCCGGGUCAGACGUGCAUGAACACUGUCGGUUCAUACACGUGCCAGAGAAACGUUGUUAACUGCGGUCGCGGGUACCACCUGAACGCCGAAGGGACUCGCUGCGUAGAUACGGAUGAGUGUGCUGGGCCUGAUAAUACCUGCGACAAUCAUGGUUGCAUUAAUCUGAUGGGCUCGUACCGCUGUGAAUGCAGGGCUGGUUUCAUGUUUAACAGCAUCACCAGAGGCUGUGAAGACAUCAAUGAAUGCAGGCAUUAUCCUGGCCGCCUGUGUGCUCACAAGUGUGAGAAUAUUCUGGGGUCUUACAAGUGCAGCUGUACCACUGGCUUCAAACUGGCCAGCGAUGGACGAAACUGCGAUGACGUAAACGAAUGCGAGGCAAACCCCUGCAGUCAGGAGUGUGCAAACGUUUAUGGAUCCUAUCAGUGUUACUGUCGACGAGGUUAUCAGCUCAGUGAUGUGGAUGGGAUCACCUGUGAGGACAUUGAUGAAUGUGCUUUGCCCACCGGUGGACACAUCUGCUCCUAUCGAUGUCACAACACCCCGGGUAGCUUUCACUGCACGUGUCCUGUGAUCGGGUACACGCUCGCCCCUAACGGACGCAGCUGCCAGGAUAUUGACGAGUGUGUAACGGGUACACACACCUGUACAGAAGCCGAGAGCUGUUUCAAUGUUCAGGGUGGAUACAGGUGUCUGAAUUUCGAGUGUCCCGUCCACUACAGACGUUCAGGAGAAACCAGGCCAAGGGUCGAUCGUGCGGAUAUCACCCGGUGUGUGAAAUCAUGCCAACCUAAUGACAUCUCCUGCAUACUGAACCCCAUCCUUACCAUCUCUCACACGGCCAUCUCACUUCCCACUUUCAGAGAAUUCACCAAACCAGAAGAAAUCGUGUUUUUGAGGUCUCCCACACCUUCGUAUCUCCCUCACACGGACUCCAUGGAGAUCAUCUACGACAUUCUUGAUGGGAACGUCAACAAUGCCUUUGACAUCGUCAAGCGUCUGGAGCACGACAUGAUAGUGGGUGUUGUUCGACAGGUGAAGCCUCUGGUUGGGUCUCUGAGCACCGUGCUGAAGUUGGCCAUGAACUACGUCACCAACGGCGUUGUUUCUCACAGGAACAUCAUCAAUGUUCACAUCUUUGUGUCCGAGUUUUGGUUUUAAAAACGUUCCUUUAGCCUUUUCUAACAUUUUAGGUGUCCAUUUAUGAAAGCGUUACUACAUCUAUAAAUGUUACGGAAAACUAAAAUGUCCUCAUGUGGUUCUUUCUUCUGUGACGGACCAAAAAGCAGUAAAACGGCUUAUAUUUAGUCUGGUAGCUUUUUGUCGAAGAACGGGCCAAAGGUAUAUUUCAAAAGAUCAUUAAUCACUGAAAAUCUCUCGAUAGCAUCAUAUGUGGCCCUUUAGCCGAACGCAGACAGAGUUUUUCAUUCACAGGGAAAAGCUUUAAUACGAUUACUCCGUAAAUGGACACUUAAAAUCAAUCACUACAACUUUUUAACCAAACACAGACGUUUUAAAUGAAAAUGACAACAGGAACUUUGCAUGUUGGGACGGACGGCCCGCUGGAGUCGUCAUAUAUGUAAAUUAGUUGAAUGGAAAAUUAUUUGCUGCUCUAAAUGCUUUUAAAUGUAAAAUGAAAGCAUGUUUGCUUUUGUCUACUGGUUUCCUCUUUUGUUGACAGCGUUUCAACGAGCUAUAAUGCGAGACGUAAAUAAACACAAAUGAUUAUUGAUUUUAUGACUUAGCCAGCCUGAUCUCACGAGAAUUCGUACAUAUUUUACGCAUUGGCUAAUUCGUACGAAGUGAAUCGUGCAAAAACGUAACGAUUAUCAUAAAAACAAACAAAAUAAAACCCCACCCCUAACCCCAUCAUCACAGGGGAAAAGCAAAGUGGUCAUACAAAUUAGCCACCUCGUAAAAUACAUACAAAUUGUCAUGAGAUCGCAUUGGACUUAACACUGAUUGUAUACUUGUGUAGACACUCUGCAUUGCUAAAUGUAUUGUAUGUAUCACCGACUGUGUCAUUAAAAAUUAUUUUUAGA